AAUGCACAGGGUUUACGCAAAAAUAACGAUUUAGCCACCAAACAUAUGGAAAUUGUGUGGAAGAACGUGGCGAUUUUCGUCGUUUUGCACAGCGUGACCGUUUAUGGGUUAUACCUAUUGUUAACCUUCCAACUGAAGAUUGCCAAGGUAUUAUUUGCAUAUUUUUACACAAUGUAUGCGGCAUUUGAAAUCACAGCCGGAGCUCACAGAAUGUGGUCUCACAGGUCGUACACAGCCAAACUACCCUUAAGAAUAUUUCUAAAGUUGACUCAGAUUGCCGCUUUGCAGAACGACAUUCACGAAUGGGCAAGAGAUCACCGAGUCCAUCAUACAUUCACGGAGUCGGAUGUGGAUCCGCACAAUGCAAAGCGGGGAUUUUUCUUCUCGCACGUCGGCUGGCUUAUGUGCAAAAAACAUCCUGAUGUUUUCACCAAAGGGAAAACUGUCGAUAUGUCCGAUGUGCUGAAUGACCCAGUUGUACGCUUCCAAAGAAAGUAAGUGGCCAUUUGUGCAAUGUUGCUUAAUUUAAUUUAAUAACUUUGUAUG